AUGGAGCCCGCGAACGGCACGGGAGGCAGCGGCAGCAGCGGAGGCACUGACGUGAAGCAGCCACCGCACGGCCAACACCAUCCUCGCCACCACCACCACCACCCCUUGGCGGAGAAGAAGCGGCUGCACCGCACCCCCUCGCCCGCCAGACCCUUCCUGAAGGACCUUCAUUCUCGGGCUCCGGGUCCAGCGCCUUCCGCCUCUUCUUCCACCUCUAGACCUCCGGCGACCGCGCCGUCAGCACCCAAAUCCCCGAGCCUCUCGGGCAAGGCGCAUCCUAGUCCAUCGCAGGCGCCGCCGUCCCCCGGGCUCCUGGCCACCCAGAGCCGCCUCUCCCGACGCAGUGGGGGCGGCCAGCUGGGAGCUAAGGACAAGGGGGUGGGAGCCGGGAGCAAGCAGGGGGGCAAUGCCAAGUCCUCCCCUUGCAACAAGAAGGCAGCCCGGGCACCGACGGGAGAACAGCCGUCGAAGGCUGGAAAGCAACAGCCGCAGCCACAGCCGCAGCCGCAGCCGCCACUUACAGGUGGAGAACAGGGGAACGCUUCUGCUAAAGGCCGUAAAGGCAAGCGAGGUUCCGGGCCCCAAGGGAAUACAGCCCAGACUCCGGCCCCUGCCUCGCCUCCAGUUGUCUGCUCUUUGACCAGCCCAAGCCACUCAGCCCCCACUGCCCAAGUCCCCAACUUCUCUGGUUCCCUGGCUCUGGGCUCCCGCAUCAGCCACACAGACAGCAGCUCGGACCUGUCAGAUUGCGCUUCUGAGCCCUUGUCUGACGAACAACGCCUGAUCCCGACAGCCAGCAGCGACGCUGAGUCGGGCACCGGCUCCAGCGAUCGGGAGCCCCGAGGAGCCCCUACCCCGAAUCCCAACGGGAAAGCGGGACCUCCUUGCAGCCCCGAGCCCCUUGGACCUCACUACCCUACUUGUGCCUCCCCCGGGAGCGGGGGCGGCAGGGCCAGUCCUUCAGUGGUCCCCCCCGGUCUGCCGGGGCCUGGAGUGGGGGAGGAUGCUGGGGGGCGAACCCAGCCGAAAUCGACCCCCGGGAGGGGCGGCCCGGGAGAAGACGGAAAAGGGAGGCCUGGCAGCGGUGGUACUAACCAGGCCCCCAGCCCGUGUGAGCUGCAGCAGCUGGUGCUAGCCGAGGAGGAGGAGGAGCUGCUGCGGGAGAUGGAGGAACUGCGCUCAGAGAACGACUAUCUCAAGGAUGAACUGGAUGAACUCCGUGCAGAAAUGGAAGAGAUGCGGGACAGCUAUUUAGAAGAAGAUGUUUACCAAUUGCAGGAACUCAGACGAGAACUGGACCGUGCUAAUAAAAACUGCCGCAUCCUGCAGUACCGUCUCAGGAAAGCUGAACAAAAAAGCUUGAAGGUUGCUCAGACUGGUCAGGUGGAUGGAGAACUCAUCAGAAGUCUGGAGCAAGAUUUAAAGGUCGCCAAAGAUGUGUCUGUCAGACUGCACCAUGAACUUGAGACCGUGGAGGAAAAACGUGCUAAAGCUGAAGACGAAAAUGAAACUCUACGACAGAAGAUAAUUGAAGUGGAAAUCUCCAAACAGGCCCUGCAAAAUGAACUGGACAAGUUGAAAGAUACUGGAGGAGUGGAACGUCUUGGGAACUGCAGGGCAGGAGCCAAAGCGCAAAGGAAGCUGGUUCCCCGGCGCAAGGAUGACAGUGCUGAUUUGAAAUGCCAGCUUCAGUUUGCCAAAGAGGAAGCCACCCUGAUGCGCAAAAAAAUGGCCAAACUCGGAAAGGAGAAAGAUGAAUUGGAACAGGAACUCCAAAAAUACAAGUCUCUUUAUGGUGAUGUGGACAGCCCACUGCCUACCGGGGAAGCUGGGGGGCCACCUAGCACCCGGGAGGCAGAACUGAAGCUGAGACUCAAAUUAGUUGAGGAGGAAGCCAACAUCCUGGGCAGGAAGAUUGUGGAGCUAGAGGUGGAAAACCGUGGCAUCAAGGCGGAAAUGGAGGACAUGAGGUGCCAGUAUGAGAAAGAGUGUCUUAGCCGGGACCACAUCCCAAGCAUUCCUACCUCUCCUUAUGGUGACUCUGUGGAAUCAUCCAUGGAGCUGCGCCGUCACCUUCAGUUUGUUGAAGAGGAAGCGGAUCUGCUCAGGCGGUCUAUCUCUGAGAUUGAAGAUCAUAAUAGGCAGUUGACCCAUGAGCUGAACAAGUUCAAGUUUGAGCCUAGCCCUGAGUCAGUGUGGCCAGAUGACAAUGUCUGCAAAGGUGGCGGUGGCAGUAGCAGCAGCAGCAGCAGCAGCAGCAGCAGCAGUAGCAGCAGUAGCAGCAGCAGCAGUGGUGGGAUGCUGCAGGAAGAGUUGAAGUCGGCUCGGCUACAGAUCAACGAAUUGAGUGGAAAAGUUAUGAAACUUCAGUACGAAAACCGGGUGCUUCUCUCCAACGUUCAGCGCUAUGACCUGGCUUCUCACUUAGGGCUGGAGGCGUCCAGCUCUGGGGAAAGUGACACCGAGAGUGAGGAUGAUAAGAAGGAGAGUGAUGGAGAGGAGGUUCGCCCAGGGCAGCCCAGGAGAGAGGGGCCCAUUGGUGGUGAGAGUGACUCUGAGGAUGUCUGCGAGAAGACCUCAGGCAUUGGGAGCGGAAAACCAUCCGAGGCCAGUGACUUGUGCUCAGCUGAGUUCAUGAGGGCCAAACAGGAGACUGAGUCCUUGGUCAAAAUAAAGCAGGUAGCGGAGAGGCUGGAGAGAACCGUUGAGCGCCUCAUCACAGAUACAGAUAGCCUGAUGUAUGAUGCCAAACUGCACGUCACCGGUGAUGCUUCUCCUGAAUCGGGCUUCCAGGGUGAAGGGGAGACAAGCGAAGGGGACAAAAAUGAACCUGAAUUGUUGGAUGCGAUCAACACAAAGAUGAAGAUCUUUAGGAAGGAGCUCCAGGCUUUUCUAGAGAAGGUGGACCAGGUGAAGGAAGGACUCAAAGAGCACCUGGAAGACCUCUCUCCUCUGCCUCACCUCACGGAGUCUUCUAGCUUCCUCUCCACCAUGACCUCCAUGUCCCGGGACUCCCCUAUUGGUAACUUGGGAAAGGAUCUAAUCACAGACUUCCAGUCCAAACUGAGGGAUCAGUUGGAGUGGCAGCCCAAUCAAGACCGUGGAGAGGAGCGAGAGAUUCACCGCCUUCGAGCCACUACGGAACCACACCGCAGAGCUGAUGGAGACAUUAAAAUCUACAGGCCAGGAGACAAAGGCUGUUUCAGUCUAGAGAUGGAGCAGGAGCACCUGUAUGCCUUGCGCCGGAAGGAGCUAGAAGUCCAGAGCCUAUCCUUGCAGAACACCCUGGAGCGGAGGACAUGGGAAGAAGAGAAGAACUUGUUGCAGCAGGAUCUCCGUAACUUCAGGCAGAACACUUUCCUGUUUUAUGUCAAGCUCAAAUGGCUUCUGAAACACUGGAGGCGGGGCAAGAAAGGAGAAGAGGAAACAGAGGAUUUCAUGGAGAUGGAGCAUCCUGAGAAUUUACCAGGACUUGGAGUUCAGAAUGAACAAAAAGAUGACGAAGAUGAAGAGAGAGGCGUUGGGUCCCCAAUGGAGUAUUAUUCCCAAAAUUCCAGCAUGGAAAUUGAUGACGAUGAACCAGAGCUACAAACCGCAGAGAUAUUGCAGCACCAGAAGCAGGCAGUGGAAAACCGGAAUCUCAUAAAUUCCCUUAAGACUUUGCUGGAUGACUUCCACUCGGAGAUGAGGGAGGAUGAACGGGAUCGUCUCGGAUUGCAACAACAGUAUGCCAAGGACAAGGCCGCCUGGGAGGUGGAGUGGGCCGAGCUGAAAAGCCGCCUGGAACAGCUGGAAGGAAAGAAUUCUGAGAGAAACCCGGGAGAAGUUUCUCCCUCCUUUGAUUUAAAGGGAGCUUUUAGGAGGGAGAGAGAGGAGCUGAAGAAGCUACUUGCGGAGAGUCACAGCUUGGUGAUGGAGCUACGCUGGCAAGUCCAUCACAAUGAGAAAAACUGGAAAAGGGAAAAAGUGGAACUUCUUGACCGAUUGGACAAAGAGCGUGAGGACUGGGAGCAGCAGAAGAAGGAGAUGCUGCGGAGAAUGCAACAGCUACAGGAUGGAAUGAGCUUCCUUGAAAAUGACAGUUUCUUUAGGGAACCAAAAGAAGUCAGCAUCCGUGUAUUUUCCAACCAAGGGAGCCAUCACAUGCCUCGUUCAAUGGGAAACUGGUCUUACUCCAAUCCAGACCCAAUGCAGUUUGAAGACCAGACACUGUCAAAGUUGAAGCAGACGGACCGAUGCUCUGCCACAGAGAACAUCUUCUUGGAUGCAUUGGCCUUGGACGAUGAGCCCGAUGACACUCAGCCUCGGAAAGUGACACGAGAGAAGUUUAUCACUUGCCUGCAUGAAGAAGAAGAUAACUACAAAGGAAAUCUUCAAAGGGCAGUUUCAGUGUCCUCCAUGUCUGAGUUCCAGCGCCUGAUGGACAUUUCUCCCUUCCUGCCAGAAAAGGCCAUGCCUUCUGCCAACCACAAGGAGGACAUCACUCCUCCCUUAUCCCCUGAUGACCUGAAGUACAUUGAGGAAUUUAACAAGAACUGGGACUAUACUCCACCCCAGAGCCACAGGAAUGGGUUGGCCGAGAAGCCACCAGAUUCCUGGGCAGAAAGGACCGAGGGGGGGAGGUCAGGGAAUGAUGUCCCCGGGUCAUCAUGGUACCUCACCACAAGUGUCACCAUGACCACCAACACCACGACCAGCCCAGAGCACUGCCAGAAGCAGCCUUUGAAGAGCCACGUCAUUACCGAUAAAAUGGGGGUGCGUGUGUUUCAUAGCCCACCAGCAGUCCGAAGGUUUGAUAGUUCAGUGAUGGCAGGCAGCGAGGAGAAGAACCAGGCAGACCCUGACUUGUUGCUCUCUGUGAACAAAGCCAAAGGGAACAUGGGGGAGGCAAAAGGCACCUCCCAUGAGCAUGCAUUUGGCAGGUGGCCCUGUGAACACCCAGGGCACCACAGAGACAACUUGGAGGGUGGAUUCCGUUCUAUGGAAGGCCCUGUUUGCACUGCCAUGGGUUUUUCCUCCUCCUCCCUGCAUACCCUUGAGAUGUCCAAGAACAUGAGUGACGACAUGAAAGAGGUUGCCUUCUCUGUCAGGAAUGCUAUCCACUCCAGCCCCACGAAGCCCCAGUUCAAGGAUAUGGCCUGUCAGACCAACGGGUGCAAGACAAGAGGGACACAGACCACCCAGACCACGAAUGCUGGCCUACAGACUGAAACCCUGCGUGGUGGAAGUAUCACCAGCAGUCCCCACAAGUGUCUCACACCAAAGGCAGGGGGUGGUACCACUCCCGUGUCAUCCCCCUCCAGGAACCUCCGGAGCCGGCAGGUAGCCCCUGCUAUUGAGAAGGUGCAGGCCAAAUUUGAACGCACAUGCUGUUCCCCCAAGUAUGGUUCACCUAAGCUACAGAGGAAGAGUCUCCCCAAAGCUGACCAGCCAAAUAACAGGACCCUGCCAGGGACACCCCAAAAGGGGUACAGUGAAUCUGCCUGGGCCCGCUCAACCACCACAAGAGAGAGCCCCGUGCAUACCACCAUCAAUGAUGGACUUUCCAGCCUGUUCAACAUUAUUGAUCACACUCCUGUGGUACAUGAUACCCUCCAGAAGGGAAUCCGAGCUGGCAGCCGAUCUCGCUCAGCUGAACCCCGCCCGGAUCUGGGCCCAGGUCAGGAAACAGGCACAAGUUCCCGGGGAAGGUCACCUAGCCCCAGUGGGGCUGGUACCGAGACAUCCAGAGAAGAAGGCGGGGAAGGUACACCUGUGAGACAGGACUUAUCUGCUCCUCCAGGCCACACACUGACUGAAAAUACUGCCAGGAUCCUGAACAAGAAACUCUGGGAGCAUGCCUUAAAGGAAGAGAGGAGACAGGCUGCCUAUAUCCCCCCAAGUCUUAAUAAUGACAGCAACAUGGGAGAAAUGAUCAAAGCUGAACCAGGGUCCAUUGAGGAACUACCUUGUUCUGCGUUAGCUCCACCCCUAGAAUCCUGCUUCUCCCGGCCCGAGAGACCAGCAAAACGUCGUCCUCCUUCCCGUUGGGCCCCACACUCCCCCAUUGCCUCACAGUCUCAGUCAACCGGAGACCUGAUAUCCUUGGAGGAACAUGGCGGACAGGAACCAGCAGUGGAGAAGCCAAAAAAUUGAUGCAAGUUGGCAUGAAUUAUCACUGAAUAAUUCACUGUAUUUGGCAUUACCAUACCAUCAUCAUGACCCAAUCCCUGUCCGUAAGGAGAGAUGUAGUUUUCCCAAGGUCAAAGAAUGUUUAAAAACAAAUAAACAAAAACAACACAGCUGCUGAAUGUUCAACCUGUGAAACAGAAAUGUUUCUAGAAUGAAACAGUUAAUGUGCCUGUAAUAACUUAAUUUUUUUCAUAGCUCAAAAAACUAUUUUUGUCUCCAUCUUUUCUACACACAGUAUAUUAAACAAAAGGUUAAUAAGAUAUAAAUUUAAAGAGUAAGAAUUUUAAAAAUGUACAUUUUAAGAGAUUCUGAAUGCGCUCGCUCCCCAAAUACUGACUGCCUUUUUGUUCAAUUUGCACUGUUCCAUUUUGGUUUGGUUUAUUUCCAUGUUGACUUAGGGUGUUUUAAGUUAAUUUUGUUCUAUUUUGAUGUCAGUGUUAUUUUUUUAAAGGAAGAUUCUUGAAAUGUUUAAGAUUAUAUGAAACAUUAAAUUUUAUGUAGUAAAGAAAGCAAUUUAGCUGACUAGAAUGGUAUUCAAUAGACUGGAGGGAAUACAGGUCAAACAAACACACACACAAAAAGUCACAAAGAAGGCCCCUGAAAGGCUUAUGAUGUUAGCUAUAUAAUCCACACGCCAUGCUUGACCUGCAUGCCUUUGGGUUCCAAGCUCCUGCGUGCAUGUACAUACUGCUACUGUACUCUGACCAUCGCCUAAAUGUGAACCAGUAUGUUUAACUGUCGUAUUGUUGUGAAUUUCCCUGUACUGUACUUUUAUUGUUGGUACCAUUGCAUUGAAGCAACAAAUACAACACAUUUUUAAAUCGUUGUUACAAGUUCAGCUAGCAAUGUACGGUGUUUACUGAGAACUUCCUUGCUUGGAGAAUAUAUUAAGAAAAGACAUGAGAAUACCAAACUGUAAGAGAUGGUUGUGUCACUGUAUAAGACUGUGGUGAAAUAAAAAUAAAAUCCUUGGUAUUUAAAAAAAUGUUAGAAUGGCCU